GUUGCUUUUUCAUUCGAUUCCUUAAAGUAAAGUAAACAUCAAAACAUCAAGCAUAAGCAAGUCAGCAUUUAACAAGCGAACGUCCUGCGAGAGCAACAGACUGAAAGCGCACUGAUUGAUAAGAUUAACGCCAUUGCAACCGUUCAUAAUGCAUUCGGCUGGACUACUGAUGCUAACCGUGGCUGGAUAUUUCACAUCGGGUAUUCCUGGCAAUACGGCUUCCUCGGACGUCGCCUACCUGACGCCGGGCACAUACAUCAAUUUGUCGGAGAACAUCUUGGGACUGCAGACUCUGCGCACGUUCUGCUAUCCGGGUAAACGGCUGACGGUGUCAAGUCUCUUCGAGACUGUGGAGUUCGUCCUGGCCAUCGGGAGCGAUGAUUAUUCCCAGUACGGUGGGAAGACGCCGGAGGAGGUGUUGCAGCACUACAAGGACAAGCAAUCGCUGUUCAGCAUCACCCUGUUCGCGCAGAAGCGCCAGCUGCUGCAGCUCUCGCCCUUCGAGCAGCAGUGCAUCGGGAUUUCCUCCCGCCAGGCGUACACCGUCAUUCUGAAUAGCAUUCCGCUGGAUCUGUGGCGUCUCGCACAGUUCGCCGUCGGCAUACUGAUCCUCUUCAGCGCCCGGCGGCUAGCAAAGAACAGUGUGUUCUACUAUCUGGUCGGCAUUGUCAUCGGCAUAUGCGCCUCCCUGCUGGUGGUCAUCUAUUUGGCCGCCAAACUCUUUCCGCGACGUACCAUGAUGUAUGGCGUCCUAAUUGGCGGCUGGACCAUUGGCUUCUAUGUGAUCAAACAGCUGGCGGACAAUCUGCGUUUGAUUCUGAUCACCUACCGCGACCAUGUGCUGGGCUAUCUGGUGAUCACCGGACUGAUCUCGUUCCUGAUCUGCUAUCGCAUUGGUCCGCCCAAGAAUCCUCGAUCGCAAACCAUCGUCAUGUGGGUGCUGCAGGCCAUUGGCGCCGUUAUGGCUUACUUCAGCAGCUGGCACACCAGCGCCGUGAUCUUCAUCAUGGUGCUGGUCUUUGUGGCCCACUACUUCCCCAUUUCGUGGACGAACCAGAUCAAGUUCAUGUAUCGCCGCCGUUUUCCGCUAAAGAGGCGCAUGCUCACCCAGGAGGAGUACGAACAGCAGACGGCCGUGGAGACCUCGAAAUCGCUGGCGGACCUGCGCAAGUACGUCAACAGUCCGGAGUGCAAGCAGUGGGCGGUGAUGGGCAAACUGCGUGAUCCUUUGCGCUUCGCCUCGUUCGCCAAUGGAGCACCGCAUCUGGACGACGAAGAGAUCGAGGACCACUCGCGCACCAUCGAGGAGUCCAUGGAUGCGGCGCCCGAGGAGGAAUCAGUGGAGGAACCUGAGGAGGAUAAACCAGCGGAGUUACUGCCGCUGCCCAACUCGCAGUUCCGCUAUCAACAGGCCGCCCGCAACUCGGAGCCGGAGCCGGAGUCGGAGUCCGAUGACAGCGAGGAGGAGGAGUUCUUCGAGCAGGAGGUGGACCUUCGGCAAGUAGUACAAUAACGGACGAACAGCUCAACCACAAGGGGAACCACUGAUUAGGCUUAAUUGAAACCAUUGACCACCACGUUCUAUGCUGUACCGUUCUGUAAAAUUUGUUUGUUUGGUUACCCUUUCUAAUAUUUGUAUAAUCACUUGCAGACUGAACGGAAACACACAUAUUAAUACAAAUUAUAUAUUUAAUUAUUCAUGACUGGCUAGGAAUAAAAACACUUAUAC